GUGUUCCAGCGCAAGUUCGUCAAUGAAGUGAGGCGCUGCGAAGAGAUGGACCGAAAGCUCCGGUUUGUGGAGAAGGAGAUUAAAAAAGCAAAUAUUCCUAUCAUGGAUACUGGUGAAAACCCAGAGGUGCCUUUUCCACGUGACAUGAUCGACCUGGAGGCAAACUUUGAGAAAAUUGAAAAUGAGCUUAAGGAAAUCAACACGAACCAGGAAGCGCUGAAGAGAAACUUCCUGGAGCUGACAGAGUUAAAAUUCAUCCUGCGUAAAACUCAGCAGUUCUUUGAUGAGGCUGAAUUGCAUCAUCAGCAGAUGGCGGAUCCAGACCUGUUGGAGGAAUCCUCUUCACUCCUGGAACCAAGCGAGAUGGGAAGAGGUGCCCCGCUACGACUCGGGUUUGUGGCCGGGGUGAUCAACCGGGAGCGGAUCCCCAUGUUCGAGCGCAUGUUGUGGCGAGUGUGCCGAGGGAACGUGUUCCUGCGCCAGGCAGAGAUUGAAAACCCCCUGGAGGAUCCUGUGACGGGGGAUUAUGUGCAUAAGUCUGUGUUUAUCAUCUUCUUCCAAGGCGACCAGCUGAAGAACAGAGUCAAGAAGAUCUGUGAAGGAUUCCGUGCCUCCCUCUACCCAUGCCCAGAAACACCCCAGGAGCGGAAGGAAAUGGCUUCUGGUGUCAAUACCAGAAUUGAUGAUCUUCAGAUGGUGCUGAACCAAACAGAGGAUCAUCGGCAGCGGGUCCUGCAGGCAGCUGCCAAGAACAUCCGCGUGUGGUUCAUCAAAGUGCGCAAGAUGAAGGCCAUCUACCACACCCUGAACCUCUGCAACAUCGAUGUCACGCAGAAGUGCCUCAUUGCUGAAGUCUGGUGUCCUGUGGCUGACCUCGACUCCAUCCAGUUUGCGCUCAGGAGAGGCACUGAGCACAGCGGAUCCACUGUCCCAUCUAUUUUAAACAGGAUGCAAACCAAUCAGACCCCACCAACAUACAACAAAACUAACAAGUUUACUUCUGGCUUUCAAAACAUUGUUGAUGCUUACGGCAUUGGGACGUAUCGGGAAAUAAAUCCAGCACCAUAUACAAUCAUUACAUUCCCCUUUCUGUUUGCUGUGAUGUUUGGAGAUUUUGGCCAUGGAAUCCUGAUGACUCUCAUUGCUGUUUGGAUGGUGCUUCGGGAAAGUCGGAUUCUGUCACAGAAGAGUGACAAUGAGAUGUUCAACAUGGUUUUUAGUGGCCGAUACAUCAUCCUGCUGAUGGGACUGUUCUCCACCUACACCGGCCUCAUCUACAACGACUGUUUCUCCAAGUCCCUGAAUUUCUUUGGCUCAUCAUGGAGUGUCCGGCCCAUGUUCUCGAAAGGCAACUGGUCAGAUGCCUUGCUUGAGACCACUCCUCUGCUGCAGCUGAACCCCGCCAUUCCCGGGGUGUUCGGUGGCCCCUACCCCUUCGGCAUCGACCCGAUUUGGAAUAUUGCCAGCAACAAGCUGGCCUUCCUCAACUCCUUUAAGAUGAAAAUGUCUGUGAUUCUUGGCAUUAUCCACAUGCUCUUCGGUGUCACCUUGAGUCUUCUCAACCACAUCUACUUUAAGAAGCCACUGAACAUCUACCUGGGAUUUAUUCCAGAGAUGAUUUUCAUGUCAUCACUCUUUGGAUACCUCGUUAUUCUCAUUUUCUACAAAUGGACAGCCUACGAUGCUCACACGUCCAAGGAUGCACCCAGCCUGUUAAUACACUUCAUCAACAUGUUUCUCUUCUCCUAUAGUGACACCAGUAAUAAGAUGCUUUAUAAAGGGCAGCAAGGCCUCCAGUGUUUCCUCGUGGUGGUGGCGUUACUGUGCGUGCCCUGGAUGCUGGUAGCUAAACCCCUGGUCCUUCGCCAUCAGUAUUUAAGGAGAAAGCACUUGGGAACACACAACUUCGGUGGGAUCCGGGUGGGCAAUGGCCCGACUGAGGAGGAUGCUGAGAUCAUUCAACAUGACCAGUUAUCUACCCAUUCCGAGGAGGGGGAGGAGUUUGACUUCGGGGACACCGUGGUGUACCAGGCCAUCCACACCAUCGAGUACUGCCUGGGGUGCAUUUCGAACACCGCGUCCUACCUGAGGCUCUGGGCUCUCAGCUUAGCCCAUGCACAGCUCUCGGAGGUGCUCUGGACCAUGGUGAUCCACAUUGGCCUCAGCGUGAGGAGCCUGGGUGGAGGCUUGGGCCUCUUCUUCAUCUUUGCUGCUUUCGCCACCCUGACGGUGGCGAUUCUCCUGGUCAUGGAGGGGCUCUCUGCUUUCCUCCAUGCUCUUCGCUUGCACUGGUGA